AUGGCAAGCAACACUACUUACGAUUCAAGUCGAGAUAUUCGUCGUACACGAUUGAUUUUACUUUCGACGUUGUUUUUUGUUGGCUUAGCUGGCUGUUCAAUAGUUUUGUUAUGGUUGAUACGUUACACGCGAUUUAAUAUGCGAUCAGUUCGAAUCUGUACAAUUAUUCUUAAUUUGAUUAUUGCCAAUGUAUCUGUUUACAUUUUUGCAACUGGCAUACAGAUCUAUUGGGAAUUUCAAACGAACCGACAAUGGCCAUUUAGUGAUUUAAUCUGUCGAGUGGUGAAAUUCUUUCAAAGUUUUUCAAUCCUUUCAUCGUCCUACAUUGUCGUCGCAAUGGCAAUUGAUCGUUGUAUUGCAAUAGUAACUCCGUUGAAAGCUGGCAAAAUUCGAGUACUUUAUUUAUGUGGCGCUGCUUGGGGCCUCGCAGGUCUCUUAUCAACACCGAACGUGUUCAUCUUUCGAUUGCAUGUCAAUGGAUCCGCUCGAUUUUGUACAGCAGGCUUUCAUCAGCAAACAACACGUACAGGUCACCGUAUUUAUUUAACAUUUAUCUCACUCGUUGUUUACUUCUUGCCAUUUCUUGUACUUGUCCUUUGUUAUACAUUAAUUUUUAUCAAAUUACUCUGCCGAGAACAUAAGCAACAGAAUGGAUUUUCUAGUCAAUCGUCAAGUAAUUGCUGUUUAUGGAUAUGUAAAAACAAAUUGAAUCCAUUUACGAAAAUAUCUGCUCAGAAAAGCGAGAUGAAAUCUUUGUUCAACGAGAAUCAUCUUGCACAACAACGAGCGAAUACCUACGCGAAAGCUCGCUCGAAAACAUUUCGCAUGAUCAUUGUUCUUGUUUUAUUCAUGAUCGUAUUUGGUGCACCAUACUAUUGUCUAGAAUUAUAUACAGCUUAUACAGGUCGAAGAACUUCCGACUUGAUAUUAGCGUUAGCAGGCGGAGCAGCUGUUGCUCCUUCAUCGAUAGAUCCGUGGAUAUUUCUAUUAUUCUGGGUUAAUUGGAAUGAACCAGCCAAUAUGAAUAAUAGUCGUCGAUUAGCAACGAUGAGUUUGCAACAGCAGCAGCAGCAACAACAACAACAACAACAACAAAAACAAUGUGUGCGAACGAAACGAAUAGAUCGUGCGCAGACGCUAGACUGUCCCUUUCAACGCCUUGCAUUAGAAACUGGAACACUUCAUUACAAAAGUUAG